CAAAUUGAAUUUAAAUAUAUAUUUUAAAGAUGACCACAGACGAACGCAACUUUAGAUCAAGUUACUAUGAAAAGGUUGGCUGUUUUAGCGUCGAGGAGAAGAAAUCACUUAAUAAACUACUACAAGAUGACAUACGCAAUUUGACCAAAUUAAAACACUUUGUAUACAACUAUACGGUUCCAGCACAGCAACGUAAUUUGCUCUGGAGUCUCAUAAUGGGAAUAAUGCCACUCCACAAGAGCAAUACUGAAUACGUACGGGAGCAACGACAACAGGUGUACGAGGAUUUGUUACGUGCCGUAACUGUAAUGAGAUGUUUGGACGUGGACUCUUCCAAGUCCAAGGAUAUAGUGCUCUACAAAAUGUGGUUACUGGAAAACAAUCGGUUGUGGCAUAGCAACGUACGAUCGGGAGUUCAGGCAGAUGACAAUCACUUUGUUGAAAUCGUGCGCACACUGCUUAAAAUUUUCGACGACGAUGUGGAGACCUACUGGAUGGCCAAGGAGUUUUACCAGUACACUCGUGAACUAAAGAAGGAAUGUGCAAAGCUAAAGGAACUAACCCAAACUCUACUCAAACGCGAGGACAAGGAGCUAUUUUAUCGAUUGGAAAACCUGGGUCUGUUUGCUGGCCACUCCAACCUGUUGGACAACUGGUACACAACAUGUUUUGCCGGAGUUAUUUGCGAGACUGUGCUAGUCAAAGUUUGGGACAAGGUUUGCGGAGGAGCUAAAAAGAUAGUCGUUUUCCUCUUUGUGGAGCUGGUGAAAGAUAUCAAGUCGCUGAUAUUUGAUCUGCAUUCCCUGGAUGAACUAAAGGCAUUGAUUGAAACUGUAAAAGACUUGGAUGGUGUGAUUGUCAACAAAGCCAUCAAAUCCUGGCAUAGCAAUAAUAGUGAAGUCGAGUAUGCACAUUGAGUAACACUACCAAAUACCACGUCCUUUUUGUCGGCAACCGUCUGAAGCUCCAGCGUGACGGGACAUUGCAUCCAAUUGGACAGCAUCUCUUCCGUGUAGCCAAUGAGGAAGUACAUCUUUCGUGGAGUAAUUGCCUGACGUAUGAUGGCUGCAAUACGGAUUGUAUUGUGCUGUCGCUUGAUAAUGAUUUCGGAACAGACCAGCGCAUGCCAUGUACCAGUUAUAAAUUUGCGAAGGAACACAUCCUCAAUGGCCGUUUGAGAUGGACGCAGGGAAUCCUUUAGCGUGGCUGCACAAAGUAUACGCUUAUUAAAUUGUACAAUUCAAAUAAAUGACUACUGCAACUUACAUG